AUGUUAGGUCAUUUUCUUCCAUCAUCUCUUCUUCAACAAUCAACACCAAUUCGACGAUUAACAAGUACAAGUAGUGAUUCAGGUGAUAGUGGUGUUGAUCCAUCAUAUCGACAAGAAAGAAAAAUAUUUGUUGGUGGUGUUCCAUCAUCUGUUGGACCAGAACAAUUGGCACAUUUUUUUCAAUCUUAUGGACAAGUUGAAGAAGCUUUUAUUAUUUAUGAUCGAUAUAGUGGUCGACAUCGAGGAUUUGGUUUUGUGACAUUUACCGAUAUGUCAACAACAAAAACUGUUUGUUCUACACGAAUUUUUAGUCUUCAUGGAAGAAAAAUUGAAUGUAAACGAGCAUUAAAACGAGAAGAUAUCAUGGCUACAAAUGAAGGUGAUUCGAAUGAUUACAAAUCUUUUCGUCCAAAUAAUAUUUGUUCAUCUUCAUCACCACCAUUAUCAAAUUCAAUGCCACCUAAUAUUCAAUUAUGUCCAACAUCAUAUCCAUUAUCAUAUGGACAAUAUCGUCAAUCAUCACCUGCAAUUGUAAAUGCUCUUGGUAAUUGGAUUGUUAAUCCAUCAAUGCAAACAAUACCACAAAUAUUUAAUCCUAUGUUUAAUCCUCAUCAACAAUAUGCUGUAUUUCCAAUGUCAACAGUAAUGUGGAAUAAUCCUUAUCAACAAACAACAAUGCAAUCACCGUUUAUUCCAGAAAUGAUGAUUCCAUCAGCAUCAUCAACUCUAAUGAAUCUAUAA